AUGCUAGGAAACUUGCUGAGAAAAAAAGAGUUUUGCCAGCAGGAACCUACUCUCGACCCACAGGUGCCGCCGCCCGCGUACGCCGCCAGUGACGCCCACUACAACGGGUCCCAGCUCUAUGGCCCUGGCAACACUGUCCCCGUUGCCACUUUCCGGCUCUCGGACAAGUCGAGUCUUUGUCGACUUGUGGUGGUACAGGACUCUGGGAUUCGGUCGAAACAGACGUUGUUCGACUCGGCGCUCAGCCUGCGACCCGGCGUCUCCGAGGCGUCCAGUCCGGCGUACUUGAACAAGUCGUUUCAUCACCCGACCAGCGAGCUUUCGGCGCUCAUGUUUGGCUACUACGGCAUUCUGCUGAACGAGACCAUCUCUACGACCAAGCUGCACUACCUGCCACCGCUCGCGGCGAUGCCUGCGUCGAUGCUGGUCACGCGGCUAUUUUCCGUGAACAGCAGCUUCAGGCUGUGCGAGAGCGGCCACGGUGACCCGGACUGGGCUCCUAAGCCCUGUGUGUACUCGCGGGGUGCCCCCGUGUGCGACGAGGCGCCCACAAGAAUGGGGUUCGGCCUGAUUGUGCCGAUAGGCAAGGACCAGAAUGCCCAUGAAAUCCUGACAAACCAUUGGCCAGAAAUCGCAGGACACUUGGAAUCCACGCAAAAACUCAUUGUGGCCAAACUUCGCACGCUCGCGUCGCUUGGUCGACCGUGUGCAGGGCCUAAACCCUCGUUCCCCGCGGGCUGCCUCCAAAAAGAGCCCGAUCUCGUGCACAGCCUGCAUCUUUUUGUGCGGUCACUGGUUUUCCUCAUCGAGACACCACGGCUGUACGUCCCGCUAAAACAUAACGACUCGACGCUGUGCCGGUGGGCCGCCGCUGUAGCGACGUGGCUGGAGCUCAAGGAUGGCCGCCACCCGUCGCUGGCGCUGCUACCGGCGCCGAUCCAGGAAUCUCAGUCAACGUCGCCCAGCCACACAUGCUCGCCCGUUGUCGGACUCAAGUUUCUAGCUACGCUGCUCACGCUCAUUUUGCCGCAUCGCCGUGAAAUCAUCGACGGCCCGCUCAAUUACCGUACACGUCGUUCCGUGCGCGUUGUGCUUGUCACGGGCAACCCGGUCGUUUCGCAGAAACUUGUAUUAAUUCUUGCGGGCAUCUUUGGCUACGACCGUUUUACAUUCUCCAAAAAGCUCGAAAAGGACGACGACACAGACACCGAUUCGGGGCACAGCCCGACUGCGUCGAAACCGAUCCCGAUCCAGCGCACCGCGUACCAAGACGACUCGAGUUCUGAGUCGAUGUCGCCCGAAAUGACAUUCAGCUCCGGCUCCACUAAGGGCUGGGAGAUCCCGUCCAAGGCGACACCUAUCAUCUCAAACUCACCGAAAUUCACCGAGUUCGCAAAGCCCGAGCGCCAGCCUAUGUCGCAGGUCAGACGAGCGUCCUCGUACGCCUCUCUCCAGAACCUGUCGACGUCGUACGGGUCGCAGUCGACGACAAUGUCGUCGUCGUGGCGCAAUAGACUCCACUUCGGCUCGUUCAUGGAGCGCUGGCGGUCCGGUCUCGGCGAGAGCGUGGAAGUGACACCGCCGGCCGUCGCAGAGUACGACGAGUACCCGUGGAAAUCUGUGUCCUCAGGCGGAGGCAACCUGUCGAGAUUGGCACGUGACCUCGGGUCUCUUGAUCUGGACAAGGAGAAAGCUGUGGUUCGCACCACGUACGAGAUCCCCAGUGUGGGCGAGCGUGUCAAUCUGGCGCAGCUCGUGAUGGCGGCCGACGUGGACUUUGAGGCUAUAGACUUGGCGGGCGGCGCGAAAGUGCUCGACAUUGCGCCGCUAGCCUUGAAAAUACCCCGUCCCCAGGUGCUGCCGCUGAUGACCGGUUUCAUCGACCAGUACCGGCCCGAGUUCUCUCUUCAGGCAUGUCCUGUGCACUACAAUCUGGAGGGUCAGAUCGGCGAGUCGAUGCGCGACGACUGCGCCCGUUUGGGCCCUACAGCCACUAGCAGGACGUUUGUGAUUAAUUUGAAGCAGCGCGAGGUGAAGCUGAUGGAGAUGCAGUACUGUGCAGAGACCGAGACGGCAGAAACAAACUGCCGUCCCACAGUCACGCGGCUCUUUGCACCUUACAAACGCGAUCUCUCUGAGAAGCUUGCACACGAUGUGGAGCAGUGUGACGCGGUGCUGAACCAGAUCCUUCACCUAAUCAAAAAUCGCAACGAAAACGACAAGAUCCGCGCGCUGAUCGAGCAAUUGAUACAUUAA